AAUCCUGGCUGUCCUUGAACUUGCACUGUAGACCAGGCUGGCCUCGAACUCACAGAGAUCUGCCUGCCUCUGCCUCCUGAGUGCCCAGCUGGCAGGGUAGAUUCUAUGCAGCAGAGAGCUAAAUGCCUGCCUGGAGUGGUGGACUAGUCUGCAUUCUGUUGCUGUGCUAAACAUCAAAUGCAAGUUGGAGAAGAAAGGGUUCAUUCUGGCUCACACUUUCAGGUAACAGGCCAUCACAGAGGGAGGUGAGGACAGGAAGUUGAGGCAGGAAAUGAAGCAGAGGCCAUGGAGGAACACUGCUUACUGGUUUGCUCUCUCUGGCUUGGGCUCAGCCAGAUUUCUUAACACAGCUCUCCCAUCAGUCAGUAAUCAAGACAAUUCCCCAAAGACACGGCCAGAAGCCCAACUGGUCUGGGCAAUGUUAAGAUGCUCUCUUCCCAGCUGACUCUUGGUGGUGUCAGUUUAACAAUAAAAAUUAACCAGGGGGAAUGGUGAGACUUGACCCCCCAAGGGGCUGCAGGAAAAUCUGCCUCUUGUCCUCAUAAAUGCCAUUCCUCUGUGCUGGGGAUGAACCCAGGGCUUUGUUAAUACUAGGCAAGCACCAUAGAGCUAUAUCCCCCAUUCUCCAGCCUCAUUCUUGAUGCCAGGCUUCACCAGUGACCUGUAUAUUCUACAAACAAGGCCAGUGUUCUGGAAGUCUCUCCACCUUCCCCUCCUCUCUUUUCUCUCAGUAUAGUGGAUAUGGCUUUGUGGCAAAGAUCUUGAGCUUCAGGCGAGGAGGGAAUCUAAGUGGGAGCCAUGCAUCUGGGGACAAGGGUAGGAGACCAGCACUAGGCCUGUGUAACCCUUCUCCCUCAUUCCCUCUCCUCAGACCCAGAUGGUCCUCCUGGCUGCCCAGUGUGGUCUCACACUGCAACAGACUCAACGCUGGUUCAGGAGAUGGUGGAACCAGGAUUGGCCUUGCCUGUCCAAGAAAUUCUGUGAAGCCAGGAGCCAUGGUUGUGGACACUGGCAUUGUGCUGGGAAAAUUAUCCAUACCAGAUGGGAAAGGACAUCCAUAGUGAUGUGGAAGAAUAAGACUCUAGUGAUGACAAGGCAGUUUCUGAAGGUCCCCAGCUGAAGAAUGCGAUGACUUGAGGGUCUGGGCCAGCCAUCAUCAAUGGCCCGUGGAGCCAGGCAUCUGGGCACCUGGCCAAUGGGCAUACCCAGGCCACAUAGACAACCUAGGACUGACAUUGUGGGAUUGUCUCCAGCAUUGUGGAUAUCUGGAUGCUGGGCUGGUGACCCUGGGAGACAGGGAGGCCCUCCCCAAGGUACAAAAAGGACUGAUUAUCUGUUUCUAGCACU